UCAUCUAAAAUGUGAGGACCAUAGAUUGUGGAUAAGCAUUGUUGCUAUUCUUCUCUCACAUAUAAUUGAAGCUUGUAAGUCCAUCGUUUCUCUCUUUUUCUGCACAGAGACAGACGACGCGGGCGACCGACAAGAGAAGUAACAGCAGCAGGGUCGACCUGUAGAACACAGAAAAUGGGUAUUCGGGUUGAUUGGAUCAGGUACUUGAUCUUUUCACUGGCUUUAUUAGAGACUGUAACAGCUAAUACUACUUACACAGUUGGAGACGCUAUGGGUUGGAGAGUUCCUACAGACACGUCUUUUUAUGACGAUUGGGUUGCCAAUAAGACUUUUUUGCCUGGGGAUGAAUUAGUGUUCAAUUGGACAUCGGCGCACAAUGUACUUGAAGUAACAUCAAAAGAAGAAUAUGAUGAUUGCACAAAAACAAAUGGGAUUCCCAAUGAAACAAGCCCCGUCACCGUCUCUUUGCCGAAAAACAACACUCGUUACUUCAUCUGCACAAUCGGAACUCACUGUUCAGGUGGUCAGAAAGUGACGAUCAAAGUUGGCAAUGGAGUAUCAUCAAAUUCUGCAAAUACUGCCUUACCUUCACUUCUCUUAUUCGCCUCUGUUAUCAUAUAUUUAUUCAGUUUUUCUCUUUAAAUUACUAAAUUUGGCUAUAUGUUUAACAUUAAAUAAGUUUUCUAUUAGUACUGUUUUUUGUGUAAUGUUGUGGUGAAGGUUUGAGUGUAACGCAUCGUAUUGUGAUGUUGUAAGUGAGCUUUUAUUGAAUGUGUAUAAACAAUAAGGCAUAAUUAUUUAUACAAUAGUUUAAUUAGAAUUGUUCAGUAAA